AUGGAGGAGUCUCCGUUCAGGGAACCGGUGCUGGACGCCAAAUCCGAGGUCACCUGCCAGCUUGUAGAUUUUCAGUGGAAACUGGGCAUGGCUGUGAGCUCUGACUGCUGCAGAUCCCUCAAGUACCCGUAUGUGGCAGUGAAGCUCAAAGUGGCAGAUCCUUCUGGCCAAGUAAACACCAAGUCCAUCGAAAUGACAAUUCCACAGUUUCAGAAUUUCUAUAGACAGUUCAAGGAAAUUGCCGCUGUCAUUGAAACUGUGUGAGGACUGAUUCCGAAGUAAUGGACUCUACCUUCCAGAAGAGAGCUGCAUAUAGGGGAAAGAUAUUUAUGCAAUGAAAAGUGCACUUCUGGGACUGGAUAGGUGGCUCAGAGGUUAAGAGCACUGGUUGCUCUUCCAGAGGACUCAAGUUCAAUU